AUGGAGAGCUCAAGCGGUGAAGUUGAAGCAUCGGUAACGCCUCGAAUUCAAAUCGAGCACAAGCCGAAUGACGAUGCCAAGGCGGUGAAGAACACGAAAAGAAUAUCUUUUGGGAACGUCUUUGACAGAAAAUUAAGGUCAAAAACAUCUCUCUAUUCGCCGCCUCUACUAACGCCAUCUGAAAAUGAGACCGAUUUCCCAGACAAAAGAAGCAAACUGGGGCGAGCUCGGACUCAAAGUGAAGAUCUCGGUCCACGAGUAAAAGAGGAAUGGGCAGAGCAAAUAUGUGACCAAGGGAGUCUGAAACAGUCGACUGUCUAUCUCCAGAACAGCGUCUCAGAUUACGAGAAAGAAGCAAGCCAGCAACAGUGGACCGAUCUCUUCGAAAUCAAUCAUGAUGUGGGAGAGCUCGAAAAACUGGCCGAGUCUUCCAGAAGAAGGAAGUCCAAAAGGGCUGGACACGACGUAGGCAUGGAUGGUCUUACCCGAAUCACUACUGUGGCGCUCGAGUAUUCCAAAAUGCUCGAUGUCGUUAUGAACCAGUCUCCAGAAUAUGCUGGGCUGGCUUGGGGUGCAAUCCGAAUGUUGCUUGUUGCGCACACAAAUCACAGCAAGCUCAAGCAAGCGGUCGAAAACUAUAUUAUCCAGUUCGGUCAAGAAUUCGGUGUGGUCAACCAGCUGAUGAAAUCUCAUCCGACAGCGAAGAUGGUUGAAGCUGUGAGCGAGGCCUACGCAGCGUUCGCCAAGUUCCUCGCCAAAGCGGUUCAAUUUUAUAAAGAGAGCAAACUGACCUCUGCCGUCAAAGCCUUUGGCUUUCGAUGGGAGACCCGCUUCCAACCUUACGUAACCCAAGCAGAGGCCGCCUUCAAGCACAUACGGGAGAUUGCCCAGGCAGGGCACUUUGCUUUGACAGUGCAGAUGGAACACACGAUCAAAUCCAUUGAUGCGGGCAACGAGCAACUCCGCGUGUCGAUGAGACAAGACACGGUUGACCUUCGGCGACAAUUGAAGCUCGAAUUGAGGAAUGAAGUCCAGGCCUCGUUCGAGAGCUUCCAAAAGAACUGGAUCUCGAGAUUCGAGCAGAUCAUGGUUCAAUCAACCCGGGGCAGAGCGGCUCGUAGUGGCGCCCAGCAAUCUGAAAGCUCUCCUGCUUCUGAAACUUUGGUAGCUGGUGGAUAUGCAGAGGCAAUGAGAGAACCAAUCCAGCAUGGUGUCGCAACCGCAACAUUCCUUGCAGAGCAGGUGACGAAAGCCAAGAGGCUUCAAAGAUUCCGUGACAGGGCUUUUCCGCGUCUUCAAGACACGGAUAACGACACCGUGAAAUUGAAUGCUCGUCUCAAACAUAUUACGAUUUAUGAUAUCCACUCAAUAAUAGGCCUUUUUCGAAAUGACACUGUUCGUGACCAGCUUCAAGCGAGUUGUUCUAGUCUGCUCUGGAUCAAAACUUUCCGAAGAUCAGGCCUGGCCGACUGGGGCAGUGCGUUCUCAGCUAGAUUGGUACAGAAUGCACCAAAGACCGAGGAUAAAGCAAUUUUGUAUCAUUUCUGUGGCAACCAUCCAUCUUCCCGCCCGGUGUCGACCCCAAUGGUGUUUAUUCAGUCCCUUAUCAUGCAGCUUCUUCAACAAUACCACAAGAAGUUUAUCCGAAAGGCAUUUCCAUUCACACUGGAGCAUUUCCAAGAUGCACAAGAGGAUAUGGAGGAAUUGUGGGAGCUUUUCCACAGCUGCUGUAAAGAAGCAGAGCCGCGUUGCGUCUGGUUAAUCAUUGAUAACUUGGACAACCUCCAAAAGGGACCAGAGUACGAUGCCCUAUUACAAGGUCUUCUGCACCUUACAGAAGAAGAAUCCCGUGUUUUCAAAGUCUUCGUCACAGUCAGAACAUCUGGGACACCAAAAUCAAUCCUUGAUGCAAUUGACGCAGACCCCACUCCAUCGCGCAUAGCCACGGUCACGGUCCCCAAGUCUCAAUAUUCCAGAGUUGUAGCCGCUCUGCUUUCCAAACAGAAACGACCGGCCAGGCUGCCAGACCAGUCUUCCGAACCCUCCACUCCUCCCAAAGCAGAUAUCCAAGACCUCCUCGAGUCCAGCGAGGAAGACCUGCUCUCUGAGAAGGAGCCCGAUAAGCUCGCGUCUCCCCCGCCCAUAUCUCCGCGCAGCAAACCCGCAGAAGCCAGCUUAAGCAAUGAUGCCUCAGACCUCGACCUUUCCGACACCAGCCUCGACUUUGUCAAAGCCGACCCCUUUGCAAGCUCCAGCGAGAGUUCGAGUCUCUCGGGCGGCCCUGCUGGCGAUGACGAGUCAGAUGACGACGAUAGCCACGACGAGGAUUCCUCCUUUGCUGCUGCUGCUGCUGCUGCUGCGCCAUGGCCGCAGAAGACUUGGAUCUCGUCACGAUUAAGUUCUAGCGACGAAAGCGAUCCGGGCGAAAAUCCACGUGCAAAGCAAAGGAAGCGGCACCGGGGUCGCUCGCGUAACAAGGUGGAGCCGAAUGCAGGAGCGCCAGGGCGCCAGGGCUCUGGAAGCGAGAGCAGUUAG